AUGUGCAUCCGAACAGUUGUCAGGAGAGACGUGCACUAUUCGCUGUGUUGUGUUGUGUAUGAUCCUUUCUAUGCUAUUAGUGUUCUAGCGUUGACUCGCGCGCUGGAGGUGGCGUGCCUGAAGAAAUUUCCUGCAGGAUUCCGGUUUGGAGCUGCGUCAGCCGCUUACCAGAUAGAAGGUGCCUGGAAUGUCAGUGAUAAAGGAGAGAGCAUCUGGGACCGCGUGGUGCACACCCGGCCGGGCUUCGUCGCCGACCGCAGCACCGGCGACGAGGCCUGCGACUCCUACCACCGCUGGCAGGAAGACCUCAAGAUCCUCGAGGAAUUAGGGGUCGACUUCUACAGGUUCUCCAUAAGCUGGCCCCGUCUCCUCCCAAACGGGUUCUCUAACCACAUCAGCGAAGACGGCUGCCGCUACUACAGCGACCUGAUCGACGGCCUGCUCGCCCGGGGCAUCGCUCCCGUACUGACCCUCUACCACUGGGACUUGCCACAGAACCUACAGGACCUUGGAGGCUGGACGAACCCCCUGGUGGUGGAGUGGUUCGCGGACUACGCUCGCGUGGUGUUCUCGCUGUUCGCGGGCCGCGUCCACACCUGGCUCACCAUCAACGAGCCGUGCUUCGUCUGCGACGGCGCCUACAGGGACAUUAUCGCUCCGGGGAUAGAGGACUACGAGAUAGGGGCGCUGCUGUGCACCAAGUACGUGUUGCUCGCGCACGCCACGGCGUACAGGAUAUAUGAGCGGGAGUUCAAACCCAAAUACGGAGGCGAAGUAUCGAUCGCUAACCAGGAAAUGUGGUUGGAGCCAGAAACUGAAGCCGACUGGGAGUUGACUCUCCUGGCCAGAGAGUACGCUUUCGGUCGCUACACGCACCCCAUCUUCUCCGGGGCGGGGGGCUGGCCGCGCGCGCUGGAGGCCUACAUGGCGCGCAAGAGCGAGACGGAGCGACACCCGCGCUCCCGGCUGCCUGCUCUCACACCUGAGGAGAUCCAGCUGAUAAAAGGUUCGUUCGACUUCUUCGGGCUGAACCACUACACGUCCCGCACAGUGCGCGCGCUGCGGCCGGGCGAGCGGCCCGGCCGCUACAUGUUCGAGAGCCUCGAGGAGGUCGGCGCUGUGCUGGGGAGCAGGGAACACUGGGCCGGAGACGGCUCAGACUGGCUCAAGGUGAACCCAGAAGGUCUCCGGCACAACCUGAACCUGACCCGUCAGAUGUACGGCGACGUGAGGGUCCUGAUCACCGAGAACGGCUGCUCCAGCGAGGACACCCUCCGCGACACGGACCGGGUCCGCUAUAUACACGACCAUCUGGAACAGGUACUCCUAGCCAUAGAGGACGGCGUGAGCGUGGUCGGCUACACGGCGUGGUCGCUCAUGGACGACUUCGAGUGGAUAGACGGAUACCAGACUCGGUUCGGGCUGCACGCGGUGGACUUCACCGACCCGCGGCGCGCGCGCACCGCUCGAGCCUCGGCCCACUACUACAGGGACGUCAUCCGUUCCCGCUCGCUACACAUAGAUCAUAAGGUCGAACUAUAG